GGCCCCGAGGGGACGCCCGGGGAGAGGCGCUCGGGGGGCUCCGGACCCGCCGGCGUCGGGCGGACCCCGACAUUAGGGGCUGUGGCCGUGGGGCCGGGCACCUGUUCGGCCGGGCGCGGCGCGGGCACCGGGGGCUAGGAUGAAAGUGACCGUGUGCUUCGGCAGGACGGGCAUCGUGGUGCCGUGCAAGGAGGGCCAGCUGCGCGUCCGGGAGCUCACGCAGCAGGCGCUGCAGCGCUACCUGAAGACCCGGGACAAGGAUCCUGGCUACUGGGUGAAGAUUCAUCACUUAGAAUACACAGAUGGAGGAAUCCUGGACCCAGAUGAUGUUUUGGCAGAUGUCGUUGAAGACAAAGACAAGCUGAUUGCUGUGUUUGAUGAACAAGAACCACUCCACAAGAUUGAGAGCCCCAGCGGAAACCCUGCAGGCCGGCAGAGCCCAGAUGCCUUUGAGACGGAAGUGGCUGCCCAGUUGGCUGCGUUUAAACCAAUUGGUGGGGAAAUUGAAGUGACCCCUUCUGCUCUGAAAUUAGGCACUCCACUGCUGGUGAGGAGAAGCAGUGACCCAGCUCCGGGCCCACCUGCUGAUGCCCAGCCAAGGGCUUCACACCCCAGUGGCCAGAGUCUGAAACCUGUUAUUCUAGAUUCCACACAGAACUUAGAAGAUGGAGAAGUUAUGAAUGGGGUACAGACCGAACCACUGACAUCGCUGAAAACCAAGGAUGCACUGAGCGAUAUGAUGCGAACAGUGGAGAUUUCUGGGGAAGGAGGCCCCUUGGGAAUUCACGUGGUGCCCUUCUUUUCAUCUCUGAGUGGAAGGAUUCUAGGACUCUUCAUCCGCGGCAUUGAAGAAAAUAGCAGGUCCAAACGGGAGGGACUAUUUCAUGAAAAUGAAUGUAUUGUAAAAAUCAACAGCGUGGACCUCGUAGACAAAACCUUUGCUCAGGCUCAAGAUGUCUUCCGUCAGGCGAUGAAAUCGCCCAGUGUGCUCCUCCACGUGCUUCCACCUCAAAACCGUGAACAGUAUGAAAAAUCAGUCAUUGGACCGCUUAACAUUUUUGGUAACAAUGAUGGCGUUUUGAGAACCAAGCCACAGCCUCCUGUCCAUGGAAUAACGGGAAUAAAAACCGUAACUCUCACAGGAACAGGGGGUCCUGAAGAGGAUGCUUUGACCUCUCUGCAACAAAGCAAGAGCCCCCGGGUACCAAGACUGGGUAGAAAGCCAUCCUCUCCCUCACUCUCCCCUCUCAUGGGGUUUGGCAGCAAGAAGAAUGCAAAGAAAAUUAAGAUUGACCUAAAGAAAGGCCCUGAAGGACUCGGUUUCACUGUGGUUACCAGAGACUCUUCCAUACACGGGCCUGGUCCCAUUUUUGUAAAAAACAUUUUACCAAAGGGAGCAGCAAUAAAAGAUGGCCGCCUACAAUCAGGGGACAGAAUUUUGGAGGUAAACGGCAGAGAUGUCACUGGGCGAACACAGGAAGAGCUUGUGGCCAUGCUGAGGAGCACCAAGCAAGGAGAGACGGCAUCGCUGGUCAUCGCCCGUCAGGAAGGGACUUUUCUUCCCCGAGAGCUGAAAGGAGAGCCCGACUGCUAUGCACUCUCCCUGGAAACGACCGAGCAGCUCACCUUCGAGAUCCCCCUGAAUGAUUCGGGUUCUGCUGGUCUCGGCGUGAGCUUGAAAGGGAACAAAUCUCGAGAAACUGGAACGGACUUGGGAAUUUUUAUCAAAUCCAUCAUCCAUGGAGGUGCUGCUUUCAAGGAUGGUCGUCUGCGGAUGAAUGACCAGCUGAUUGCCGUUAAUGGGGAAUCUCUUUUGGGAAAGUCCAACCAUGAAGCUAUGGAGACGCUGAGGCGAUCGAUGUCCAUGGAAGGAAACAUUCGAGGGAUGAUCCAGUUGGUGAUUCUGCGGAGACCAGAGAGGCCACUGGAGGAGCCUGUAGAGUGCGGGGCAUUUUCUAAGCCAUGCUUUGAGAAUUGUCAGAACACUAUAACCACCUCCAGGAGAAAUGAUAACAGCUCAUUGCAUCCCUUCGGCACUUACAGUUCACAGGACAAACAGAAAGUGCUGCUGCUUCCCAGUGACGGAUGGGCAGAUCCUGAGGUCCCGCCUUCUCCACCACCACAUCCCGUUCUGGAAUUGGGCCUUGAAGAUUACGGCCACAGCUCUGGGGUAGAUUCGGUGGCGUAUUUUCCAGAUCAGCACAUCCAUUUCAGAUCUGUGACACCGGCCAGGCAGCCCGAGUCAAUGAAUCUGAAAGCCUCAAAGAGCAUGGACCUUGUGUCAGAUGAAAGCAAAGUCCACUCAUUGGCUGCUCACAAAUCGGACUCUCCAAGCAAAGAUUUCGGUCCAACUCUGGGUUUGAAAAAGUCCAGUUCCUUGGAGAGCCUCCAGACUGCGGUUGCUGAGGUCAGGAAGAACGAACUUCCCUUCCACAGGCCCCGGCCGCACAUGGUUCGCGGCCGGGGCUGCAACGAGAGUUUCCGGGCAGCCAUUGACAAAUCCUAUGACGGACCGGAAGAGCUCGAAGCCGACGGUCUGUCUGAUAAGAGCUCUCACUCCGGCCAAGGGGCUCUGAGUUGUGAAUCUGUCCCUCAGGGGAGCCCUGAGCUGGAGGACGGGGAGCAGAAAGCCAGGAAAAUCAAAAAACCGAAAGAGAAGGAGAAGAAGAAGGAAAAGGGCAAACUGAAAGCCAAGGAGAAAAAGCUGAAAGAGGAAAAUGAAGACCCAGAGAGGAAAAUAAAGAAGAAAGGGUUCGGGGCCAUGCUGAGAUUCGGAAAGAAGAAAGAUGACAGGGGUGGCAAGGCUGAGCAGAAGGGCUCUCUGAAGCAUGGAGGCCUGAGGGGAGAAGAGCUGGAAAAAAUGAAAGAACGUGAAAGGAUUGUAGCAAAACACCAGGAGCUAAGGGAAAAGCAGGCAAGAGGUCUUCUUGAUUCUGUUGCUGGUACAACUGGAUCGCUGCAUGAUAUGGACGAUGAUGAAAUGGACCCCAACUAUGCCAGAGUGAACCAUUUCCGGGAACCGUGUGCAUCAAGUGUCUACAGGUCACCAUCUCCGCCUCGGGCUGGACCACUGGGUUACCACCGGGAGAGCCGUCCGCUGUCUCCAGAGAAAGACCACUUAGAGGGUCUCUAUGCCAAGGUCAACAAACCGUAUCACCCACUGGUGCCAGCUGAAAGUGGCCGGCCUGCGAGUGGGAGCACGGACCGCAUCCAGAAGUUGCGGAAAGAGUAUUAUCAGGCCCGGAGGGAAGGAUUCACCUUAUAUGAGGACGACGAGGGACGAGCGAGGCUAGAUUACGACCUUCACUGGGUGUCUGGAAAGGGUCCAGAUGGGAAUGCACACAACGUCCGCUUUGAGGGGAUGGAGAGACAGUACGCGUCCUUACCCAGGGGAGGACCAGCCGAUCCUGUAGACUAUCUGACGGCCACACCUCGAGCGCUCUACAAGGAAAGGGAGCUUCCAUACUACCCGGGGGUUCAUCCUGUGCGUCCUCCCAAAGGGAGCUACCCCCGCCCCCCAGAUCUGAGGGCUGCAGACCUCCGGUAUCCUCAGUAUUACCCUCCUCCGCCAGCCCCCCAGCAUAAAGGACCCUUCCGACAAGAUGUUCCACCUUCCCCCCUUCAGCACCACAGAGUGCCAGCCAAUCCAGAAAUGGGUAGACCAGGCCCCCGAGGGGGCAGCCCAGACCAGUACCCCUACCGAGCCCAGGAUCCCAGGCAGAAGAGCCCCAUGACUGCAGCCGUGUAGCUGAACGCCGCCAACCUCAGCCCGGCCCAGAGAGGGACACGUGUGACAUCACCUUUGCCCUUCCUAGACUUUCAGGACUUCCUCCUGUUCAGACUUCUCCAUGGGAUGGAUGGGUUUUUCUCACCGAGGCUGCAACACUUGACUGCUGGCCAGAG